AUGGUUGUCGGGACAACGUACAAAGAUCUCGACAGUCAUGGUACUGAAAUGGAUGAAGAAUCAUUCCCAUUGGAGGAUUUAUCGGUGCAAGGUUUGCCCACAUAUCCUGAUCCGCUAAAAAAGUCUGAUGAAGAAUGGUUGAUGUUGGAAAGGUCAAAUUUCUUCAAGAGAUUCUUUAUUAAGUUAUGGAAAGGCCCUCGAGAGCCCAGCGAUCAAAGACCUGUUUACCCGAGUAAAUUGAGAGUGCUGCAAUUCAUUGACGAAUUUCCUGAUGGUGUUUUCAGGUAUUACAUUUCAAAUCCAUUCUUUAGAGCACUGAUAUUUAUCGUUUACUGUUCUAUAUGGUUUGGAUUUAUGUAUGAACUCUUAGAACCGUACCUUGUCAAGCCGCCCUACUUUUAUCCUAAGGCCAGCAACGAUGAUGUUCCCAUUACCUCGUUGACUUGUAAUAUGAUGUUGAACUGGGAAGGUAUUAACAAUGCAUGUGGUACAAACGCUGAUUUGUGUGAACCAUUUGAUCAUAAGGAGUAUAUCAUUAGAUGUCCAGCUCUAUGUGACGUUAAUGGUUGGCUUUACUCUGCAGUGGCAGUUGGAGAUCAAAGGAAUAAAUAUAGAGGCUACCAGAUUGGUGGUGGUAGCAAGGGGAAAGGUGAUAAUGGUGGAUUUCUUUCUUUACCAUAUAGAGCUGAUUCAUUUCAGUGCAGCGCGGCUGUUCAUGCAGGUGUAAUUUCACCCAUCUGGGGAGGAUGUGCAAAAAUAUCAAUGCAAGGUUCUCAAAGCAAUUUUCCGUCUGCCAAUGGUAAGUACAAGACGGGUCCUUCCAUUGGAUUUGACACUUUUUUCCCUGCAUCGUUUUCCUUUAAAGAUUUUAAAGAUGGGAUAGCUACGGGUUGCUAUGAUCCUAGAGUUCCAGUGGUAGUGUUGAAUUUUUUCUUUGGAUUGCCCAUUCUUUAUCUUACUCGAGGGGUUGUUGGUUAUUGGAUCACUACAUUGGUCAGUUAUUGGACAGUGGUCUUGGCGCUCGAUCCGCCACUUUUGACAGAUCCUCACGAACCAUUUUCAGUUGCAGAAUUGUUAAGUGUAGGGUUUCAAAGACUAUUACCGCUCUGCUUUGUUCUUUAUGUGUUAUGGAAAUGUGCAGUUAAACGCACUUUUGAUAAUGGUUCCCCAUUGACCAAAAUACUCCUAUGGUAUCCAACGUUUUGGUCAGGAGUAAUGAACAAUAUCACUUAUGAUAGACUACCCGUUGAUAGGCUUACAUUUAGAGAUAUGAAACAACAAGCAGGUGCAGCAACCGCUGUGGGCUCUAUUUUGGCCACAAUUGUGGUAGGGGCUAUUAUUCAAGGUUAUUCGUUGUGGAAAUCUGGUAGAUUAAGAAAAUACAUGUUGCUCUACUUGUUAAUCCUGCUGUCAUUGUUCUUUUUACAAUCUAUUCCGGGUUUAAAUCUAAGACUUCAUCAUUAUAUCUUAGGUAUUCUUUUCGUACCAGGAUGUGCCACUAGAGGUUCCUCGGCUUACCUUUUCCAGGGAAUCUUGAUUGGUCUAUUCAUUUCAGGUGUUUCUCGUUGGGAUUUUGCCAGCAUCGUGGAGACGGAUUUACAUUUACUAAGAGAUGAAGCUGGUGCAUCCUUUGAACCACCAGCAUUUCAGUUCGACCCCGAGAGACCUCAUUCAAUUUCUUGGAAAUUGGAUACCAAGACGAAUUCCACCAUCGCUGCCAAGAAUGACGACGAAAAGAUCGAUGGGUAUUCCCUUCUAAUGAACGAUUUCCAAAUAUAUGUGGGAGAAAAUACUACUGUAGACAUUGACCAGCUAUUAAACCAAAAUUAUAAUGUAUCCCAUAUGCUAAACCAGACAAUGAAUCAAACGGAUAAGGACACUAAGCUUUAUUUUAGAGUAGCCAGGGCUUCUACCAAGAAUCCCAUCAAUUAUCGUGGUGAUUAUACAAAUGCUGGUGUACUGGAAUGGCCUAAUGGUAGGUGGCACGAUCCUGCACCAGGUGUUUCAUAG